GGCGUGAGGAGGAGAUUACGCUGUCACUAGCUUUCCCAUACUUUUCACAGGAACUUCUAACCACGACACAAUGUUCUUAGCCCCAUUGACUGCUCUUGCCAUAGCUCAAUACGUUGCUGCUGUUCCAGCACCAGUGCCUGCAGCCUUUGCACUUGCUGACACCAAGCACGGUUCUUCAGCCACAAGUUCCAUGGGUCCAGUUACUUUCUUGUACCCAGAGGUUAGACAGUGGUCUGCUGAUGCUGAUAACAUUGCGCCAUGUGGAUCCUUCGCCUCUGUCUCUGAGAACAGAACCGAGUUCCCACUGGAUGAUGGUUUCGUCGCUUUCAUCGCAAAGUACAUCUCUUACAACGUUAAGUUGUCCAUCUCCUACAACUCCGACCCAACUACACAGGAUGAGUUCGAGGAGUGGUACAACGGUAACGUUUCCUCCGAGUUGAACAUUGGCCACACUUGUUUCUUCAUGCCAGAUCAACCACAGAGUAUCAAUGCUGGUGAUGUUGCAACAAUCCAAGCCAUUUACCAGAACGAUGACGAGGACCAAGUUGGUUCCGACGGCCAACCAGUCCAAACCAACUACAACGACACCUUCUACGUCUGUGCUGAUGUCGUCUUUGUUGAAUCUUCUGUCUUUGAGGUUUCUGACUACGCAUUGUCUUGUUUCAACGCUACUGAUAACAACUACUAUUCCGAGUCCACCAUCGAGACCGAUGGUGUUGCUACUUAUGACUCUUCUCAAGUCUCUGAGGUUGAGUCCGCUAGAUCUUCUGCCGGUCUUUCUUCUACAACUGGUGAGGCUACCUCCACUUCUGCUUCUACCUCUUCAAGUGCCGGUGCUGCCAUCGAGCUCUCUGCUCCAGUUACCGGUAUUCUCGGUGCCUUGGCUUUGGUCGUUCCAGCUUUGAUCUAAGCUUGAUCUAUCAAGGAUGCUUGUAUCUUUUGUUUAUAUAUUAAAAAAAGUUCUUGGGGUAUAAUGUUUUUUGUCAGCUAUUGAAUUCCAUAGCCCUGUGUAUAAUUU